AUGCUGGGAUUUUUUUGCAACGGUGUGGCGAAUGUCAUUUCCGCUGCUGUCAGUGCAGAUCUGGGAUCACAGAAGCAAAUUCAAGGCAAUGCCCAUGCGCUAUCCACCGUUACCGGCAUCGUCGAUGGCAUGGGCAGCAUCGGUGCUGCUAUCGGUCAAUUGAUUGUGCCUGUUAUUCAAACACAGUUCGGCUGGAUACCCGUAUUUUACCUGUUCAUUACAAUGAUUAUUAAAAGCUGUCGAAUUGCGCAGCUUCAACCGAAUAUUUCAAGCCGUAUAAAAGGGAGUGGACUGGUGCAGAGAACCUCUGAGGUUCAUUUAAGAGACUGCUGGGAUGUCUAUCCUUAA